AUGCAGGAAGAUGGUGAUUGCCAAAUAGCCACAACCUCUUUGUCCAUUGGCACAACCAAGACCAGUGAUGAAGUUUCUCUAAAUGCUGACGCUUCCAAGAAAGUAAGCUCAAAUGUUGAGGAACAGCUUCCUAGCAUCUCAUCUCCUAUUGAAUCUCAGUUUCCGUCAAUUCCUUUUAAAGUUUCACGUACUCCUGAUAUAAAAAGGAUUCAAGAUGCUAUUGCUAGCUCUUUAGGAUUGCAGUUGAAAUAUUGUAAUGAAUCAAACCGACCCAAAAAACUAAGGGACAGAUUAACAAACGGUGAUAAAAUUCUUUUGGUAAUGGAUGACAUAUGGGAUGAAGUCCUACUUGACUUUCAAGCAAUAGGGAUUCCAAAUUUAGCCAAUCACAAAGGUUGUAGAAUUCUUUUAACCUCACGCUUUAAACAAAUAUUCAAUAAAAUGAAUUGUGAUAGCAGAAUUGAACUGGACCUUUUAUCGGAAGAAGAUGCAUGGAUCAUGUUCCAAAAAUACACCUUUAUAAGUAAUAGUUCCUCGAAAGAAGUGAUUGGUAUUGGACAUAAAAUUGUAAAGGAAUGUAAACAAUUACCAGCCACAAUUGCAGUUUACGGCGGUAGUUUAAGAGGCCAAGAUCAACAAGUGCAUGAGUGGGAUAUGAAAUUACAAUCCUUGAAGAAGCGUGUAUCAUAUCAUAGGGUUGAUGAUGAUAUGAUUGAACUUUAUCAAUGGUUGAAGCCUAACUAUCAUUUUAUGAAAGAUAAAGAAGUCAUGGGAUUAUUCCUCUUAUGUUCUGUAUUUGGAGAAGAUGAACAAAUUUCUGUUGAAGUUUUAACCAUAAUUUGCACACGAGUGAGGCUUUUUGAGGAAGAUUAUCGGGGUCGUGACAAAGUAGUUGAGCCAUAA